GCAAGGAUGGAGCGGGAAGGUCUGCGGCGCUGGGCGGCCAAGCUGGGGGUCUCCACGCCCGGAGUUAUCAGAAAAGCCGAGGAAUACCUCCGACUUUCUGAAGUGAAGUGUACCCCCCUGCUAGCCCAGAUGAGCCCCACAAGCAGCGCUGUGAUCUGCCUGGACUUGGCUGCCACCUUCACGAGGAAUCCUGUGGACAAAAGUUAUUUUGUGAAAGUCUCUGGCUUGAAGAGAGCCACUUACCAGUGCUACCUGAGAUCUUUUGAAAGCCUGCUCGCUCUGCAAUCCACCUUGGGCAUCAGAGAGGUGGCCGUUCAAUUCUCCUGUUUGGAAGCUGCAAACCUGGCGUCGAAAAUCCUGCAGAGGUACGAAUCCAGCCUGCCAGAACUUCAACAGGUGGCUCUUGAUUUGUCGAAACCCUUAUUCACCACUGUGGCGUUGUUUACUGCUUGCAGAUACUUGAAACUUAAGGUGGAUAAAACCAAAAUGGUGACCGUUUCUGGGGUGAAGAAAACCAUAUUUGACCGGCUCCACACCCAGUUAGAGAAGAUUAGCCAACAAAUCAACCGAGAAGAUGAUUCAUUGUCGGUGAAGCUUGAAGAACCUCAGAAAUCCUUCCUUGAAGAUCUGGCAAAGGGAGAAGUUCUGGAAGCAAAAGUCCCUCGUAAGCGUGCAAAACAUGAAAUUGAGCCUAAAGAAGAUUACGAAGAAUGGAAACGAAGAAUCUUAGAAAAUGCUGCAAAAUCACAAAGAAACUGUGUGUGAGUGGACUUGUUCCUCCUGUGAGUGCAAACAUUAGGCCAGUCUUUUGGCCUAUGUCAGUCUGGAGAACUAGUCUGUUGGGAGAGGAAAAAAACCCUCUGAAAACUUGAAUUCCUUGAAUAGGCCGCUUUGAAGCCUAGAUGGGACCUGCUUUUAAAUGAUUCAGCUCAUUGAUAUUACAGCAAAAUGUGAGCCCGGUUUUUGCGUUGAUAUGUCCCAAUAACUCUUUUUAAGAUUGGUCCCACACAGGU